AUGGCUAUUGAGGCCUUGAAUUCGCCGCCGGUCGGCUUCUCCCCCCGCCGGUAUGACGACGUUGACAAGGUCGGCGGCGUUGACUCGUGGUCAAAAUCCAGCCGGUCAAAGCGCCGCCGCCGCAGCCAAUCGGAGGACGAGUACCUCGCCGUCUGCCUCAUCAUGCUCGCCGCGGGUGGUGGCGGCGCCGCCAUCCCCUCGGCCGCCUCCGAAAUUGAAAAGAUCGAAGACAAAACCGACGUCGCCGGAGAUCGGGAACCCGCCGCCGCGGCGGAAUCUCCGGCGGAGGCCCUCCCCGGCUCCUACGGCUGCAGCGUGUGCGGGAAGGCCUUCCCGUCGUACCAGGCGCUCGGCGGCCACAAGGCCAGCCACCGCGUGAAGCCGCCGACCGCCGCCGCGGACGACGCCGGAUUGCACGCGCAGGCGGUGAAUCCCGGCGGGAGGCUCCACGAGUGCUCCGUCUGCCACAGGGCGUUUCCCACCGGCCAGGCGCUGGGCGGCCACAAGAGGAGGCACUAUGAGGGCGUAAUCGGCGGCGCCAAGAGCCGCACCACCUCGUCCAACGGCGCCGCCGCCGGUAGCGAGCAGGUGACGGUGGCCGUUGCUCGGAAUAUUGAUCUGAACCUGCCGCCGUCGCCGGAAUCGCCGUGCGAUGAGGAGGUGGAAAGCGGUGCCCUGCGAUUGGGCCACUAG